AUGUCGGCCCAGCCGGAGCCGGUCACAGAGGCCAACCUGGCCAAGCUAAAUAGCGAGUCGCUUCUAGAAGGGAGUGGUGAUCAUCCACCAUCGUCAGCGACAGUGGCCAGCCCUGCGCGCUCCGCGCGGUCCACCCUCUCGUUUUCGCAGCGCACGAUGGAAUCGGUGAACACCAUGCUGAUCCGAUCGAUGGUAGCUGUGAAUGGCGAGCCUGCACGCCUGCCCACGGAGAAACGCAAGGCGCCUCUCUCCGUUGCUACAACAGCUAUCAACUUCCGCGGGUUUGUGCAAAAGUCGGGGCCUGUGUUUGUGUUCCAGGACGCCGUCGAGGCUACGCUCAUGUGGGAUGACUGGCUCUGGACGACAAUGUGGAUGGCGCUCUGGGCUGUCGUGUCGCUGCACCCACGCCUCUUUAUUUGCGUGCCACCGGCCAUUGCACUGACCAUCAUGUGCAACACCUUCUUCAUUCGAUUCCCUAUUACGCAAGAAGAACGUGACAUGUCCCCGGGCGAUGCCCUUCGUGCUUCGCUGCGCCAAGGGGAUAUUCUCAGCGAGGAGCCACGUGCCGAGCCUAUUGAGCCGCGCCCUGUCGUUGAAGGCGAGCUGAAGUAUUUGCUGCAUAUGCGCGAUAUCCAGAACAUGAUGCGUCUCAUUAUCGACGGCUACGAUCACAUUUCGCCCGUGGUCAAGUUUUUGAAUUGGUCGGAUGUGACACGCACGCUGCGUAUUUUCCAAGCGGCCAUUGUAGCGCUUGUGUCCUUGUACUUUAUCGCACCAUACAUCCCAUGGCGUUUGACCGUAUUCCUAGGCGGAGAGUUAAUGCUUGUGCAUCAUCACCCAUGGCUCAAGCCCGCCUUGGAAGCGAUGACGAAGCAGGCCGAUCCUAAGCCGAGUACGUAUAAAAAGACACAGCGGAAGCACCGAUUGAAGCAGCGCGUGCUGGAUAUGCUGGAUGAGGACCGUCUGCCUGAGAGUGUGUGGCAGCGGGGCUGGAAGGAUAUGGUACUGUUUGAAAACCAACGUCUGCAGCCAGGCAUACGUGGCGGCGUGGAAGAGCGUCGAUGGAAUGCCAGUAACUUGAAAAAAGACGAACGACGACCAUGGACGCGCGGUAGUGAUGGCUGGUCGCCGAGCGACGAGGCGGCCACGCCUGGCCUCCACGCCGACCAGGUCCCCUUCGCGUUGGAAGAGGGCUACGAGUGGGUGGAAGGCGAUACGUGGCGUAUUGAUUGGGGCGGUGCCUGGAGCUCUGUAGGUGUAGACGAUCAGGGAUACGUCUACACAGACAACUCCUGGAGUCGACCUUCGCCGUACGCGUAUGGCAUCGAUCCCAAGGCGCCUAAGCGUCCGAUUGGGGCGUACAAGGAAGAAGACGAUGAGCACACGAUCGACGAAGACGAGCCGGGGUGCCAGCAGCGUGCGCUGACCCGUCGCCGCCGUUGGCUCCGUCGCGCUGUGCGCAUCGCUGAUGCGGCAUGA